UCCCAGCCUGGGGGUGGCGCUGAAGACCUUCAUGCGCUUCGUUUCUGCGCACCAAAGUCAGCGUAGUUUGAUCUGGCGCUGGGGCGGGGAUGAAAGGUGGUAAAUAUGGCGGCGGCCUUGGGGGAAGAUGAAAUCGACAAUGAUGACUAUUAUUCUCUGUUAAACGUCCGCAGAGAGGCCACACAGGAUGAGCUCAAGGCUUCAUAUCGACGCCUUUGCAUGCUCUACCACCCAGACAAGCACAGAGAUCCAGAGCUUAAGAGGCAGGCAGAGCAGCUUUUUAACUUGGUUCACCAGGCCUAUGAAGUACUAAGGGAUCCACAAUCUAGAGCAAUCUAUGACGUAUAUGGGAAGAGAGGGCUGGAAGUGGAAGGAUGGGAGGUAGUGGAGAGGAAAAGAACGCCAGCAGAGAUCCGUGAAGAAUAUGAGCGACUUCAAAGAGAGAGAGAGGAGAGGAGACUACAGCAAAGGACCAACCCAAAGGGGACAAUAAGUGUGGGUAUUGAUGCGACAGACCUCUUUGAUGCCUAUGAGGAGGAUUAUGAAGAGAUCUCUGGUGGUGGUGGUGGCGGCGGCGGCUUACCGCACGUUGAGAUCAACAGGAUGCACAUAUCCCAGUCAAUAGAGGCCCCUUUGACAACCUCAGACACAGCCAUUCUUUCUGGCUCUCUCUCCACACACAACGGCAAUGGAGGAGGAAACAUAAACGUGGCCUUGCGACGAGUUACCUCAGCUAAGGGCUGGGGAGAAGUUGAGUUUGGGGCAGGAGACACACAUGGCCCUCUCUUCGGGUUGAAGAUUUUCCGUAACUUGACUUCACGCUGCUUCACUACGGCUCAUUGUGGCAUGCAGUUUUCAUCCCGUGGUAUACGGCCGGGUCUCACUACUAUGCUUGCACGCCACCUGGACAAAAACACUAUGGGUUAUUUACAGUGGCGCUGGGGAACUCAGUCUUCCAUGAACACCAGCAUCGUCAGGGACACCAAAAGCAGUCAUUUCACCUUCGCUGUGCAGUUGGGAAUUCCACAUACAUUUAUCAUGAUGAGCUACCAGUACAAAUUCCAGGAUGAUGAUCAGACCAAGAUCAAGGGCUCUGUCAAGUCAGGGUUUUUCGGUACGGUGGUGGAAUAUGGUGCCGAGACUAAGAUCAGUCGCCACAGUGUCCUGGGCGCUACCGUCAGUGUUGGAGUACCUCAAGGCGUCUCUCUCAAGAUCAAGUUGAACCGAGCGAGCCAGACGUACUUCUUCCCCAUUCACUUAACAGACCAGCUUCUACCCAGCGCUGUUUUUUAUGCCACUGUCGGACCCCUUGUGUUCUACUUGGCCAUCCAGCGGCUAGUUAUCAGACCUUACGUUCGUGCUCAGCAGGAACAGGAGAUUGAGAAGCAGCGGGAGAGCUCGGCAUCAGACAUUGCCAAGAAGAAGCAAGAGGCAGAAGCAGCUGUUCUGCUGAUGCAAGAGUCUGUGCGUAGAAUUAUCGAAGCAGAGGAGUCCAGAAUGGGUCUGAUCAUCCUCAACGCCUGGUAUGGCAAGUUUGUGACAGACAACAGCCGGAAGCACGAAAGGGCAAGGGUCAUUGAUGUGACGGUGCCUCUACAGUGCCUGGUGAAGGACUCCAAGCUCAUUCUCACAGAAGCCUCUAAGGCUGGGUUGCCGGGCUUCUACGACCCCUGUGUAGGUGAGGAGAAGAGUCUGAAGAUGCUGUAUCAGUUCAGAGGUGUGAUGCACCAAGUUCUAUGUGGUGACACAGAAGCACUCAGGAUACCAAAACAAUCCCACAGGAUUGAUAAUGACAGUUAGGAACAUGUAUCUCUUGAGCUGAAAGGGACAGUUUGGACUGGUAUAGACUGAUGAGACACAGAUGUUCUGGAGUAGUGCCCUGGAAACACUCUGUGCGCUUAAAAGUCUUCAUAUACCUAUUUAUCCUUUAUUUUGUGCGGUUUUAAAAAUUAUUCUACAUGAUGUCUGUUUUCAAAUUAGAACAUUUAAUUUGCUGAAUUUCCAUGAAUAAAAAUACCCUUUCCCAGAAAAAGUUAAACAAAGGCCCCCUUCCUCAAAUAUGGAUCCACAACGGUGCCUGUAAUCAGCACUCAGCAGAAAGAGCUAUUUUACCCUCAUUACAUCACAGAGAAAACAUUGCUGCUUGAUCCUACUCACUGAAUCCCACAGGAGCUGGUGUAACCCAGCUGUCAGCCUUCUUUCUAUAUCUGACUUUUUGUACCACCAGCUUCCAAAUAAAUGAUCUUGCAAAUGUUCAGGAUGCAAAGCAUGUUCUUAGUAAAACCCUGGCUGCUUAAUCAUUUGCAUUAUUUUUCUCUUUCAUCCCAAUCCCUUGAGUCUAAUAUUUGGAGGCCCACCUCUCGUACUUCACGUCUGCCAGCAGUUUCAUAGGAAUUGAAGGGGCCAAUGCACACAAUAUGCCGGUACUGUCUAUUGCGUGCUGGUUGAGGAAACAGAAUGUGAACUGUAUACUAAAUCUCAUGUAGGGCUAGUCUCCCACCUUGUGUCCAAAGACUUGAAUAGCAGUGGAUGAAGGGAUAAUAGUGGAAUGUCCUCUGUUUAUAUUUUAGGCUCAAUCUCCCUUUAUCACUGCAUUUUAGUGCCAUAAUUCAUACAUGGAAGAUCUAAACCCCCAUUACAGUCUUUGGUUGAUUAAAACUUUUUGUUGCCUUUUUGGUAUUUGGGAUCUGUAUGCAAGAAAAUUCAUUUGUCGUGGUAAAUGAUUAAUCUUUUAUUUAAAAGACUGGCUGUAUGGAUUUUUUUUUUUCCUUUUUGAGAAGUAUAAUUUAUAUGAAAUGUGUCCAUUCUGCACACUUGCCAUUUGAAUGAUGUUAAAAAAAAAAGACAAUCUAUAAUUGAUGGCUGGAGUAUCGGUUUGUUCAAAGGUGUUUGUUAUACUUUAUCUAAUGGCCUACCAUUUGCAGCAAGUAUAGACUGUCAUUUUUAAAAUAAAUCAUCAAGGAACAAUGGAAUUGUAUAUUGUGUUU